UAAGGCAAUAAUUUGUUUUUUCAUCGAUUCUAAUUUUUAACAUGGAUCGAUCGUAUGCGUAUUUGCGAAUAUAUUUUUAAAUUAUGAAGGCAGGAUGAGUAGGAUAUAUCAAGUAGAUUGUCAGAAAAGAAAGGUAAAAAGGAGGAGUUGAAAAAUGGAAGGAGAAGGGAAGGUUAGAAGCCAUAGACUCAUCCUCGCGAUACUUUCACUUGAACUCCUUCUAUCGCCGUGUAAAGAUCUUCUAGACGCUGGGAGCUGUAUUCUUAUUGUAUACUUUUUGCGGAAAACCGAACUCGUAUAAUAAUCUUUUAAUAAUUCUAACAUUUCACAAAAAUGAUAUUCUACUGGAUUUUACAAUUUUAUCUUUUACUAUUCGUCGUCACUGUUCACUCUAGAGAAGUUUCUAAUGCCACGCCACCAAAUGUUUCGACGUAUUUUUCUUGUCUUAAUCGGCCUAUGGGAUUUUAUGCCGACAUCGAAACAAAUUGUAAAGUAUAUCACACAUGCGAUGAUCAUGGAAACAAAUUUACUUAUCGAUGUCCUGAAGAAACGGCUUUUCGCCAGGAUGCCUUAAUAUGUGAUCACGUUCAUCUCGUUGAUUGCCGAACCAUCACUUACCUGUCAUCACAAUUUCAAAACGAGGACGCCGAGGAAAAUAUGCAUACAAUGCCUUUGAUAAAAUCACCAAUUGUAUCCAUUGAUACGCUCGAUAAUCAUCGACAAUCAUUUUCACGCUCCUUUAGAGUGAUUCAACAACCCGACAAAGUCAAAUCUAAUAAAGUUCAAUCUGGUUUUGUGUUCAGUGCAAGUUUAUUCUUAAGAGAUAAGGCACGAAAUCAAGCUGAACAAAUCACCGAUACUUGUACGACGUGCAAUCCUAAUUCGAAGAAUCACAUGACAAUUUCCACUUCUCGAUCGCUCACUGAACAGUUCAGUUCAUGGAAUUCCCGUAACGACAAGUCAACUCCAUCAAGACCAUCAUUGCCUUUAUCGACAGCGGAGAGUCGCGUUUUCGCACGAGAUAAAACCUCCAAAUACAUUAAUCAUUCAUUUGAACCGACAAUAAAUUCUUCACUCGAGAAAAUAAUAGCAUCAGAAGGUAAUCAGCAUUCGCCUGCUCUGCAUGAAAAGCCUCCUUUCUUACGUCACAACAGUGAUUAUCAUCCAUAUUCAGAGACUCUAAGAUCGAUCCAGGCUAAUACUCAUACGCUCAACACAAAGUCCACCACGGAAAUACCCGUACAUGCUUUGACGCUCUCCUUAAAGCCGUUAGUGCCAAAUGAACUGGAAUAUGACCCUUACUACCCUAAACAGCCUACGUCUACUGAGACAUAUUAUACACCCAGCAAUCGCAAUAAGAUUAAUAUGAGCAUUCAUCUUUCUAAUCAGACGCCAUCGAUAAUCGCGCAAUCCGAUUUUUUCGAAAUCCCAUCUAUACUGCCCGAUCUGAAUACUUUAGCAGAUUUGGUCGAUCGUCGGAAAUUUUUUUAUAUCCCGCGCACAAACAUCAAGUCGAUGCGCCAUUAACUAUUAAACUAUUUAAUAUUUAUAUUUAUAAUAUUAUGCAAAAUUAUU